CUGUCACAAGAAAAAAAAAAACACUGAAACGCAACCCGAAACUCCCCUUCAUAACAAGCACCAACCAGCACUUUGAGUGACUGACCGACUACUGGAGUCCAGCUGCCUGAAGCAGAGCGCCUGCUGUUUGGAUGUGUGCAGCCCCCUGGACUUGGUGGGAGGGGGAGAAGUUUCCCCAAAGACGCGCUUGGAUCACUGAGAGAGAGAAACGAUGCCUUCCUCCUCCAGCCCUGUCUCACAAGCUGCUCAGUGGAUUUGCUGAUUUCCCGAAUUAUUUUUUUUCUGCAAGUUAUUCAACGGAACUGUGGAGAGAUUUUGAGCCAGAGGAUGCUCCCACAGGUCAUUUGGAUUCUGUAUGUCUUGUCGUUCUGCUUUUUCCAAGGAGGCUUUAUCAGACUGAGCUCCUGUAAGGAGGAGAUAAAGCCCCCCGGCAGGGCAGGACCACAGCUGUCGCCUUCUGACUUCCUGGACAAGCUCAUGGGAAAAACGUCGGGAUAUGAUGCCCGCAUCAGACCCAACUUCAAAGGCCCACCUGUGAAUGUCACCUGCAAUAUUUUCAUCAACUCAUUUGGGUCCAUCACAGAAACCACAAUGGACUACCGGCUCAAUGUAUUUCUACGGCAGAAAUGGAAUGACCCCCGUCUGGCCUACAGUGAAUACCCCGAUGACUCCUUAGAUCUGGAUCCAUCCAUGUUGGACUCUAUCUGGAAACCUGAUUUAUUCUUUGCAAACGAGAAAGGAGCCAAUUUCCACGAGGUCACCACUGAUAACAAGCUGCUACGGAUUUUCCAAGAUGGCAGCGUUCUGUACAGCAUCAGGCUGACUCUCACCCUGUCUUGCCCUAUGGACUUGAAGAAUUUCCCCAUGGACAUUCAGACCUGUACCAUGCAGCUUGAAAGCUUUGGUUACACCAUGAACGACUUGAUCUUUGAGUGGCUGUCUGAUAACCCUGUACAGGUGGCUGAUGAUCUCACCCUCCCCCAGUUUGUGCUAAAGGAGGAGAAGGAUUUGGGCUACUGCACAAAGUAUUACAACACAGGUAAAUUCACGUGCAUUGAGGUGAAGUUCCACCUAGAACGUCAAAUGGGCUAUUACCUAAUCCAGAUGUACAUCCCCUCGCUCCUCAUCGUCAUCCUCUCCUGGGUGUCCUUCUGGAUAAACAUGGAUGCCGCACCAGCCAGAGUGGGACUGGGCAUCACUACAGUGCUGACGAUGACCACACAGAGCUCUGGUUCAAGAGCCUCGCUGCCUAAGGUGUCUUAUGUGAAGGCCAUUGACAUUUGGAUGGCGGUGUGCCUUCUCUUUGUGUUUGCUGCCCUGCUGGAGUACGCUGCAGUUAACUUUGUCUCAAGGCAACACAAGGAGUUCAUCAGGCUGAGGAAAAAGCAGCGGCAGCAAAGAAUAGAGGAGGAACUGGUGAGGGAGAGCCGCGGUUUUUACUUCCGGGGUUAUGGACUUGGUCACUGCCUGCAGACCAAGGAUGGUACUGCUGUGGAGCCAGCCACCGUGUUCACCCCUCCACCUCCUCCUCCUCCCCCCUUCCCCGUGCAUGACGGGGAGAUGCUUCACAAGCGCUUUGUGGACCGCGCCAAACGCAUCGACACCAUCUCCAGAGCCGUGUUUCCCCUGAGCUUUCUCAUAUUCAACAUCUUCUACUGGAUCACCUACAAAGUGCUGCGACACGAAGACAUCCACGCCAAUUUGUAAAAACGCUUUCUGCUACAUUUUAGGGUUUUUUUCUCCUCAGAACCAAAACUGCCUGUCAGAUCUACUAAUACAGUGAAGAAAUGUGUCAAGAGGCGUUAUCUGCUUCUUAAAACAACUGCUUAAAACUUUGUGCUCAGGUGCGUCUUCAGGAUUUCAGUCGAGGGGUGAUUAAGCCGGAAAACGAGGUUAAGCUGCCUGGAUUCAGGCUGGUGUUGUUUAUUCGUUUCUGCCUUGGCUUUGAUUCGUGUGGAUUACAACAGAAACAAAACACUGCUGGUACUUUGUAGGUUUAUGACCUGUGUUUGAGAGUUCAGAUGAGUUGGUGUUGAUCCUGGCUGGAUGAGAUAUACUGACUUGAAUUUUGACACUAAGCAUCUUUGAAUGAAUGUUUUUGAAAAUUCAAAAGAUAAUAGGUUUUUUACACCUUUAGAUUAUAAAAGGGAUAUAGAAGGGUGCAAUGGGGGGGGGGGGAAUGGGUCUUUGAUAUUUAUUAUUAUUC